CCGUUAUCCAUACUUAUUGGCACGACACACUACUAACCAAGGUGCCACACGAUCGUCUACACUUGAAAGCAUCAGUCGCACUCGAAAAACUCCGUUAACUCGCCUCGAAAUACUUUCAACAACAAAGAAUGCAGUGAACGCGACAUAACGAACACUUUUGACGUAUAAAUUGGCGGGAAAAUAAAACAAAAAAUGGCGGCUAAAUACGUUUUAUUUAUAACUCUUUGCUUGUUGGUUUCGUUGUGUGAAAUGAAGAAGAAGAAAAUGGAUUAUCCGACGGAGAAACAGAUGGUGCUGCAGAGGAAGGAAACCACACCGGUUGACUUUACAAGGUUGGUCGUGAUGAGGUUGGUUUAUGGUUUCGCUAAAGUGUUGGGUUUCGAUGAACCGGUGAGCGAAAUACUCGAUGGUGCGUUCGUUCCACCGGGAGCUGAUGAUGAUGAUGAUCUUUUUGGUGAUGACGAUGAUGAAGAAAGCAUAUUUGAUGAUUACUAGAAAGUGAACAAUUGCAACUGAUUGGUCCUUCGAUCGACCUUCGAUUACAUGAUUGUGAAUCAAGCCCGUGAGUGUUCCAAUGUUGUCAAACUUUCUUUAUAAAUAAUUUUUAACCUAUACCAAAUAAUAUUGCAUUUAAAUAAAGUUAGUUUAAUUAAGAAAAUAUUUAUUAUAAGGCUAUUUUUAAUCUGUAUAAUACUGUGCUUGUCAUUUUUUUAUUUACUCUUUUUAUGUACCUGUCACAAGAAUUCUAAUUUAUUUUUAUUCAUACAUAUUAGUGUAAAUAUAAUUUAUAAUAU